AUGGGAAACCUGCCACGCGGACGAGUCAACGCUGCGAGACCAUUCUUGCGAACAGGCAUCGACUACGCCGGGCCAAUCUUUGUUCGCACUACAAAGGGUCGAGGACAUCGGGCGCACAAGGCGUUCAUUGCAGUUUUCGUUUGCUUGUGUACCAAGGCUGUCCACCUGGAAGUUGUGUCCGACUACUCGGCGGAGGCCUUUCUCGCGGCCCUCCGUCGUUUCGUUUCUCGUAGAGGCCUCUGCGAGGAAAUUUAUUCCGAUUGCGGUACCAACUUUGUCGGCGCUGACCGAGAGCUGAAGGAGCUGUUACGAGUAUCGACGGCGGGCGGGCGCGACGUCGCCGACGCAGUCGCUACGACGGGCAUCAAGUGGCAUUUUAACCCCUCUGCCGCGCCACAUUUCGGAGGACUUUGGGAGGCGGCGGUAAAAUCGACUAAACACCACUUACGGAGAGCGAUCGGUGCAUCCACGCUCACCUUCGAGGAGAUGAGCACGUUUCUCGCUCAAGUGGAGGCGUGCUUAAACUUCCGACCACUGUGCGCGCUUUCGGACGAUUCGGGCAACGUCUCCGCGCUCACUCCCGGGCAUUUUCUAAUCGGCACUCCGUUGCUGGCCGUGCCCGAGCCUUCUUUGUUGCAGGAAAGGAAAACCACGCUCUCCAGGUGGAAGCACAUUCAGAAGAUGCGAGAUCACUUCUGGCAACGAUGGUCUCGCGAGUACAUACACGGACUAGCGUUCCGACCGAAGUGGCUGAGAGGAGAGGUGAGCCCAAUCGUCGGGUCGUUGUGCCUAAUCCGAUCCGAAGCAACCCCCCCGAGCAAGUGGCCGCUCACCAGAAUAGUCAAAAUUCACCCGGGAGACGAAGGCAUCGUCAGGGUGGUGACUGUGCGAACGGCUAAUUCCGAGCUCGUGCGACCUACAGUAAAAAUAGUAUUGCUACCGAUAGCCACGGACGCCCCGUUGCCUCCGGGAACGCAACCAAAUAGAUUAUAA